CCGCCUCCCCGAGCCCCGCCCCGGCAGCGAGCGCGCGGCGGCGGCGGCGCUGCCAUGGCGGAGGCGGCGGUGCCCUGCCGGGUGCAGUACCUGGAGGACGCGGACCCCUUCGGCUGCGGCAGCUUCCCGGAGCCGCGGCGAGCCCCGGUUUACGCCGUGGCGGAGGCGCUGGCCCUAGGAGCGCAGCUGCCCGCGCUGCACCGCCUGCUCGGGGCCCCGCUGCCGCUGGAGGACUGCACACUGCAGGUCUCACCCUCUGGACACUACCUGGACCUUGACUUAUCCCUGCUUGAGCAGAAGGAUGAUCUGGAGGGUUUCUACGAGGAGGUCAGGAAGGGGAGACGGCCGACCCUGAUCCUGCGCACGCAGCUCUCCGUCCGAGUCCAUGCCAUCAUUGAGAAGCUGUACAACUCGCAGGGGCCAGAGCUGCGGCGAUCACUCUUCUCCCUCAAGCAGCUCUUCCAGGAGGACAAGGACCUGGUGCCGGAGUUCGUGAACCUGGAUGGGUUGACGUGCCUGAUCAAAGUGGGAGCAGAGGCUGACCAGAACUACCAGAACUACAUCCUCCGGGCCCUGAGCCAGAUCAUGCUCUUUGUGGAUGGGAUGCAGGGUGUCAUCAACCACAACGAGACCAUCCAGUGGUUGUACACGCUGUCGGGAAGCCCGUUCCGCUUGGUGGUGAAGAUGGCACUGAAGCUGCUGCUGGUGUUUGUGGAGUACACAGAGCCCAACGCCCUGCUCCUCAUUCGCGCCGUCAACACCGUGGACCAGGCGAGAGGCACCUGUCCGUGGUCCAGCCUGAUGGCCAUCCUGGAACAACGCAAUGGGGCUGACACGGAGCUGCUGGUGUUCGCCAUGACGCUGAUCAACAAGACGCUGGCAGCCCUCCCGGACCAGGACACCUUCUACGACGUGACGGACUGCCUGGAGAAGCAGGGCAUGGAGCGAGUGGUGCAGCAGUACCUGGGCAGCAAGGGCACUGACCUCGACUUGAAGCAGCAGUUCACGCUCUACGAAAGCGCACUCAAGCUGGAGGAUGAUGUGGAAGAGCCGCCCUCGGGGGGACGCAAGGAGCGGAGGAGGACAGAAGAGGGCCGGCGUGGGUGGCGAUCCCAGGGCAGCUGCACGGAGCCCAGCCCUGGUGCCCCGCCGCUGCCAGGGUCCCCUGGCACCCCAGAGGAGCCCCCCACCCAGGACACCCUGGCUGUCCCUGCGCCAAGCAGCCCAGCAGAGCCCUGUCCCAGCACCAUCUGCAACAGUGCAUCCAGCAUACAGCUGGCCCUGGCCUCCCCCCAGGCCAAGAAGGAACAGUCCCCAGGCUCAGGCGAGCGCAGCAUCUACAAAGCUCGCUUCUUGGAGAACCUGGCUGCAGCCCAGAAGGAGAAGAUCUCUUCUAUGGCCAAGGGACGGCUCGAUGUCCUUGGUGAUGCUGCGCUGGAGCAUCCCACUGUUCCUGCAUGGGACAGGGACAGCAGCACCCCUGAGCCCAGGAUGGAGCCACCCAGCAUAAGGUCCCGCCUGGCUCAGAUGGACACCACUGACUCCUGUGGCACCAUCUCCUCCGACACCAAGUUUAUGCUGGACAUGCUCUACGCCAAGGGCUCCUCGGAGCCGAGGAAGGAGAAGGUCUUCCCUGAGGUCUUGUCAUCCCCCAUGGUCCAGGGUGAGGUGGAGAUGGAUGCCAAGGGAGGUGGCAGCCAGGAGCAGGAGGGUGCCUGGCUCCAUGGCAGGGCUCCUGAUGGGCCUGUGUCCAGUGCCCAUGCCAAGCUGGCACGUGCCAUGUCUAGCAUAGAUGCUGAGACCCACACGCAGAAGCUGGAGAACACUGGGAUGAUGCCCAUCAAGAAGGACAUGGAGCUGACGUGGGAGCGCCUGGAGGCCAGCCCCGUGCAGCUGAAGAUCAAGGACCUGGACUUCACUGAUUUGGGGGAAGAAGAAGACUUUGACAUCCUGGACAUGGGGCCCAUGGCCAACGGCUCCUUUCUCCCUCCCAGCAUUAAAGCAACAAGUGCUGGAGCAUGCAUGGCUCCACCUCCACCUCCUGCGAUCCCUGGCUGCCCACCACCUCCACCUCCACCUCCUGCGAUCCCUGGCUGCCCACCACCUCCACCUCCACCUCCAGCGGUCCCCGGCUGCCCACCACCUCCACCUCCACCUCCUGCAGUCCCCGGCUGUCCACCCCCACCAGGACUGUCAGGCCCCUCAGCAACAGAUGGUCCCUCCCAGGCCAAGAAGAAGAGGACAGUGAAGCUCUUCUGGAAGGAGCUGAAGCAGCUGGAUGGCACUGUGGGGCCAGGCAGGUUCGGCCAGGUGACCCUGUGGGCGUCCCUGCAGAACGUUGAAGUCAAUGCUGCCAAACUGGAGCAUCUCUUUGAGUCACGGUCAAAGGAAGUGUCGACUUCAAAGAAGGCCAUGGAUGGGAAGAAGGUGGUGGUGGUGCUGGAUCCCAAGAGGAGCAAUGCCAUCAACAUUGGCCUCACGGUGCUGCCACCCGUGCACAUCAUCAAGACAGCUGUGCUCAACUUUGACGAGUUUGCAGUCAAUAAGGAAGGGAUUGAGAAAAUCCUGACCAUGGUCCCGACUGAGGAGGAGAAGCAGAAGAUCCAGGAGGCCCAACUGGCCAACCCUGAUGUGCCCUUGGGCUCUGCAGAGCAGUUUCUGCUCGCCCUGUCUUCCAUCAGUGACCUCACGGCCAGGCUCCAGCUCUGGGCCUUCAAGCUGGACUACGAGAGCCUGGAGCAGGAGAUUGCAGAGCCACUCUUUGAUCUGAAGGUGGGCAUGGAGCAGCUGGCCAGAAAUCACACCUUCAAAUGCAUCCUGGCCACACUGCUGGCCAUGGGCAACUUCCUGAAUGGCUCCCAGAGCAAAGGCUUUGAGCUGGGCUACCUGGAGAAAGUCUCAGAAGUGAAGGACACGGUGCACCGGCAGUCCCUGCUCCACCAUCUCUGCCAAAUCGUAGUAGAGAAGUUCCCAGAAACCACUGACCUCUACUCAGAGAUUGCCUCCAUCACCCGCUCUGCCAAGGUUGACUUUGAUGAGCUGGCCAACAGCCUGGUGCAGCUGGAGCGGAGGUGCAGGGCCUCCUGGGACAACCUGAAGGUGAUUGCCAAGCAUGAGACCAAGCCAGUGCUGAAGAGCAAGCUGACAGACUUCCUUAAGGACAGCACCCAGCGCAUUAUCGUGUUAAAGGUGGUGCACAGGCGCGUCCUCAACAGGUUUCACUCUUUCCUGCUCUACCUGGGGUACCCGGCGAGCACAGCCCGGGAUGUGAAGGUGAUGCCCAUCUGCAAGCUCCUGCGGGAGUUUGCCCUGGAGUACCGUACCUGCCGGGAGCGUGUCCUGCUGCAACAGAAGAAACGGGCUGCCCACCGUGAGCGCAACAAGACCCGGGGACGGCUCAUCACUGAGACCGAGAAGUUCUCUGGCGUUGCUGAGGUUGCUUCGCCACCCGCCGUGGUGUCCAGUGGCCCCGAGGAGCAGAUGGAAGCAGGUCACGAGAGCAUGAAGAACCUGCUGACCUCCCCCACAGAUGCCCCUGCCCGCCGCAGCCGAGCCAGCCGGGGGACAGGGCACACCACCCCGACCCAGGGCUCUCCUGCUCAGGAGGACAUUCCCAGCUCCCCAGAUGAUGCUUCGGAUGAAAUUAUGGACCGGCUUGUGAAAUCGGUGACUCACAACACUAACCCCCGGCCCUGCGCCAACAAGGAGCGUAGGAGGUCCCGUGGCAAUAGGAAGUCCUUGCGACGGACGCUGAAGAGCGGGCUCAGCGAUGAGCUGGUGCAGGCGCUGGGCCUGGGGCAGGCGCCGGGCAUGGAGGUUUGAGGGGGCUGAGGGGGCUCAUGCUGCUCCCCACCGCCAGCAGCCCCCAGGGCAGGACAUGGUGGCAGCCCCUGCUGCUCCAGGAUUGGUGUGCUCUGCACCCUUGGUCUCACCUUGCUUUUCCCUGCUGGCCUCCAGCUCCUGGAGGUGCAGGCAGCAGGAUGGGAGCGAUGUCCCAGAGCUGCUCCAUGGUGGCCAGGAUGAAGGAUGCUCAGCACCCGUGCGUGGACACUUGUGGUUCAUCUCUACAACAGUAUUAGAGGGGUCGAGGGGCUGGACCCAGACCCCCACUGGGAACUGGGUCUGGCCCGUGGCCGCUGUGGCAAUAAAGUGAUCUGACACAC